ACAUAAACAACACCCUUGCCUCACUUCACCUUAACUCACCUCGCCCCGUCUCGCCUGGCCUUACCAAACCUGACCUCACCUUGACACUGCUUACUCGGUCUCCCUACCGUCCAAUUCUCCUCCUUUGUGUUCAACUUCCACCGCGCAUCCCUCAUCUGAUAGACUCGCCAAUGUCUCCCGCCUCCGUACUCAACAAUUCCACCUCGUGCUGAUGGCUUAACGUCCGGAUCAUACGGCAUCCCACCGCACCACCCAGACGUGACCGCGGUCGUCAUCCUCCCACUUCUGACGAUAUAUCCCUGGCAAACCAUGACCCAUCGCCGUCAUGCCUUUCCUACGCCGUCGCGGCAACAUGGUCAGCGAGACCGAUAUGAGGCGCCAUACCAUUCUUGAGUCCGAAACUGCGCCUCAGCUACCGCCGCUCCCUCAACACUUCCCUCCCCAGCGACCUCAAUCCCACCACCAACAGCCCGACCAGCUGGCGCCCCCGCCACCGCUGCAGUCUCUCUCUCGACCCCAAUCACAACAGCACAAGAAGCAACAACUCGGCGACCACUCGAACCCGAUACCCGAGCUCAAACUGCCAUCAUCGCCCCCGCCGCCGCCGCCCACCUCGCAGCCGGAACAGGAACAGAAGCAGAAACAGGACCAGGAAACUCAAGGGGAUCAACCGCGACCCUCUGUGUCCAUUUCGGUACAAGAACCUCCGUCUACGUCUCUGGCCUUGCCUAGGCCAUCCGACGACGAUGAUGGCGCUCUCAAUCCACCGAAUCCCAAUGACCCUGAUGCGCGACCGGAUACCCCUCCUAUCCAGGAAGAGACACCAAAGCACCGUCGUUUCUCCAUAUUGAGGUUCCGCAACGCAUCCGACUCGCAAUUAUCGGUUAGGGCUAAACAACAGGCUGAAAAGCCCCCUCCUGUACCUCGCCCCCCUGAGAUUAUCACGACAGCUCCCACCGCCGACCUCCAGGUUCCCCAGAAGAAGCAGUCGCGCAUGCGACUCGCGGAUCGCUUCCGACGCUCAGGCGAAUUGCCAAGACACAGCGAGGAUGGAGGCGGAAGGGCCAUGACGUGGAAGUCAACGAGAAGAAAGACGGGGUUGGAAGACAUGGUAUCGAGAAACCGGCCAACCCUCGUGACUUUUGAGGAGCCUGGCCGCCCAGCAUCUUCGAGAUCGCCGACGAAUGGAGAGCAUCAUGACGUGCCCAACCUAUCUCUUCCCAAUAAUCGAGCCUCAGAAUCGUCGCGCUCCGACGCUAGCUCAGGAGAACACUUAUAUGCUACAAACACCCUAGGCAACUCGCCUCCGGCACCCUCAAGCUCCAGCUUUUUCCGCCUACCCCGAAGGAAACCCAAGGCUGCAGCGCCAAUGUUUGACUUGUCUCAUUUACCACAGAAGGGCAAGCCUUCGACUGACAACCCCGCCACGUCAUCUUCGUCUCUCGGCGGUCCCCAAUCGGCCGCUGCUUCUACUUCUAGAGAGGGAACCCCUCGUCCUCAGCAAGGCUCGCGGCCUCAUUCGAGUCACAGCACAAGGGCCAACUCCGUGGCGUCCUCUGCGCAUGAGCAGUCUGCGAAGCCCAAUGCUUCACCCGCUACUGCUCUGUUCAGACCAGGAUCGACAAACUCGGGACAGUCCUCCCCUACGCGUGCCCGCUUACAGCGCCGUGGCAGAUCGUCAACGAUGAGUUCUCUAGGAAGGGAUUCCACGGAUGGUCAUCUUGACCCUGGAACUGGUCGAGCAUCGACGUCAGUUGGGCGCAAAAGCUUCGGUGACCUACUUGGGCUGAACCGACUACGCCAAAACUCCGAUCUUGGUCAGGGUCGACAAGGCAGCCUGACACCAGCAACGCCUGGAUCCAACACUUCAAAGAACAACUCGUUGCAGAUUGCCCGCGAAGCCAUUCCUCUACCCGAGAGGCUUGAGGAUGAGACGCCCGUCAAGUACCUUGCUCGAAUAGAGGAAAUAUUGAGUCGCGGAGUAAUUGCCAGUGCGUUGUCCAAGGGGAGUGAUCCGUUCUCAAUAGCAGUCUUACGGAGCUAUAUGCGCCGCUUCAGCUUCUUUGAGUACCCAAUGGAUAUGGCUAUCCGAAAGCUGCUCAUGGAGGCCGAACUACCGAAGGAGACGCAGCAGAUAGACAGGUGUCUACAGGCUUUUGCGAACCGUUACCACGAAUGCAACCCUGGAAUCUAUGCCUCUCCAGAUCAGGCGUACUUCGUCGCAUUCUCACUACUUAUUUUACACACUGAUGUCUUCAAUAAGAACAACAAGCACAAGAUGCAGCAACCCGAUUACUUGAAGAACACCAAAGGGGAGGGUGUUUCGGACUCGGUCUUGAGCUGUUUUUACGACAACAUUACGUAUACCCCUUUCAUUCAUGUCGAGGAUGACCUAGACCUCAACAGCGAUCGGCUUUUGGCAAACAGGGCCAAGCGGAAGACGAUUUUCCCAGGAGGCACACCGGAAACUACGACCAAGCGGUCAAGCCGGGAGCCUCUUGAUCCUUACACACUUAUAAUAGACGGCAAGCUGGAUAUCUUGCGACCGAGUCUCAAAGACGUAAUGGAACUCGAAGACCAUUACAAUUACUUAGGGACGGCAAAAGAUCUCAACGUAAAGGAGCUUCAAAGAACUUUCUUCAGAACCGGAGUGUUGCAGAUUGUGUCAGCCAGAUCCCGGCCUGAUGCGUUCCGCGAUGACAAAGGCUCCAGCAACCCGGCCGAGGCGGCACAGGGCGUUGUUGACAUCAAGAUCACCAAGGUCGGGCUUCUGUGGCGCAAAGAUGUCAAGAAGAAGAAGACGAGGUCACCGUGGCAGGAAUGGGGAGCCAUUCUCACAGGCGCUCAACUCUACUUUUUCCGCAACACCACUUGGAUAAAAAACCUAAUGCACCAGUACGAGUCUCAUGUCAAGCAGGGUUUCGAUGGCGAGCCAAUUACCUUCAAGCCGCCUCUUCCGGAAUUCAAACCAGACGGGUAUCUGCCAACUAAGGAAGCUGUUGCGCUCGUCGAUUCCACCUAUAAGAAGCACAAGAACGCCUUCAAAUAUUCUCAGCCCAGCGGUUAUGUGGAGGAAGUUCUCCUAGCCGAUAAUGAGGAAGAGAUGAAUGAUUGGCUAGCCAAGCUGAACUAUGCAGCGGCUUUUACGACGUCAGGCGUUCGCAUGAGAGGCGUCGUGGGAGGCAAUUACGAGGGCCAAAGCCGGCGUGGUAUUAGGAGACUCGGCAGUUCGGCGUCUGCUCAAGUCAUCCAGACUCCAACAGGCGAUGUUAGCAUUGUUAGAGGCAAGAUUGACCACAAAGAGGCCGAGUCCAUCCAGGCGCAACGACGGCAGACUAUGAUGGAUGCAGUCGCCAAAGCUGAUGAAGAAAUUGCUCUGAAGGAGCAAGAAUUAGAAGGACACUUGAGGAACGCCCGGCACCUUCAGAUCCUAUCGCCUAUUCAAGGCAAAACCAGAGACCAGAUCUUGUCAGCUGCAGCUCACAUGGAUGUCAAGAUCAAGUGGACCCGCAUGGACAUGUGGAAAUCAAUGUGUCAUCGGGAUGUUCUCCUGAAGGAUCUAGCUGAGGAGCAGAGUCUUCGGGGUCUCACUCCUACUACAACUCAAAACGGCCGAGAGCCUCGUGAGACAUCACCCUCUGCCAAAGAAAGGCCUCCUAUUCUCGACGCCGUGUCGGCAAAUAGCGUGGCACGCAGGCGCAGGCGAUCAUCCGCCGCUGUCUCAACAAUUCAGCCUUCGAAAACUCCGCAAGCAGAGCCCGACUCUCCCGUCACUGAAGCUUAUCAAACCCCGCCUACCAGUGCUACUUUCAGCCCACACAAGCAUCAAAACUCAUGGGACUCGAAGGUUUCCAAGUCGACAGAGCGUGUUCAGCCUCAGAGACCUGGUUCCAGCUCCAGCCAGUCAUCUGGCGAGCCGACUUUCUACAGCCCGCAACAGCAUUCAACGCAGAAGAGAGGCAAUGCCACCGAACAGUCUGCAGACAAUGACCGACAUGAAGACGUUGAUGCAAACGAACGGGCGCUACUACAGCAAGCCGGUCUACUAGAGUCGGGCUCUCGCGGGCGAAUUCCCCCGGAACGGAAGCGAACGGGGUCUUUCUCUGAACCAGGAGAUGCCUCGGAGUCGCGAGAUACGCCUGGCUCAAUCGAUAAACAAGACAAGACCAAGAUCCGGCGAAGUCUCCAACGCACACUCAGAGAAAGUGCUGGCCACCUUUCACACCACCGCAGCAGAAAGGGCAAGGAAAUCAUCUCCGGCAGCGGCGCAGAUGACACUGGCCGUGAGGACGUGCUCACCAGGGGUUCCGGCAGUUUUGUGGUACAUGGAAAGAAGGCGUCCGUUAUCAACUUCGGCUCCGAGCUACAGCAACUUACUCCGGAGGAGCGCAUGAAGCAGCGUAAGCAAGACGAGCCUGCGUCCCCAGUCAGUGUCGCAGAAGACUACCACGACGCUUUGAAUGAUUCGCUGGAACCCACAGAAAGAAGAGAAUCAGCUGCCAGCGCCAGCACUGCCACAGCCAGGAGCUUUCGUGAACUUCAUCGCAAGUAUUCUUCAGCACACGCAUCCAAAGCACCCGCCUUUGGCGGGCACCUCUUGGUGCCAUCCGAUGGCGAGAGCGAGGCAGCAGUCAGUUUCUCUGAGGGAAGAAGGACACCGCUUCCUCCAAUCGAGAACGAGUCUGGAGAUGAAGAAGAGAGCGAGGCAGCUGUGAGCAGUCCGCAAAUCGUUAGCCCACGGCCUAUACCCAGCCCUCAGCUGAUCAUAAGUCCACAACCCAUCUCUGCUGCUCUGGCAACUCCACUGGCAACCGCGUCCGAGCCUUCGACGCCCUUAGAACCCCAGAUGGAGGAGAAGGAGGAGGAAGACGAGAGGGGUGCUGAGAUGCAACGGCUGCCUAGCCCCCCUGUGCAAGCAGUCAAGGCCUAGCUAGGUCUCAUAAUUUAAAGGGAGAGGCAAAACUUUCCGAGGCGAUUUUUCAUGUUGAAAAAAAAAAACCAUGCCGACAUUGUAGAACUAGUUGAUAUCGGAUGAUGCGGAUCUGGGGAUGAGUCAGGAGAAAACGGAAGAUACCAGCGAGCGAGAAAAAGAGUAGCUAGUGAUUUGAUAGAGAGGGAUGAACGGGAAGGGGCCGUAUGACAGACAGCAUCAUCAUUAAAGGAUGCGCAGGUAGGGGCCGGCAG